AUGACUGCACUAGUCCUCCCACCUUCUACGGACCUCUUCCCUACGGACGACUUUUACCCCACAACGAGCACGAACCUAUACGACGAUUCCGAAGACUCGGCACUCGACGUGCCCUUGCACCCACGAGGCGGAGGUCAGACUGAGCUCGCGCCAGGUCGGGAUGCUGAGGCCGAUGAUGAGGAGGACGACGAAGAGGAUGGUGACGAAGGAGGAGCAGAGGAAGAAGCGUUAGGUGAUAAUGAUACAGACGAAGACGAGGAUGCCGAAGAGGACGAUGAACAACAACAAGGUCAGUCAGUUCGCCGUCAGUUCGGUCGUUGUGGGGAGGGGGCGCCUUCAGCUUGCAGAAUCGCGAUUUCGAAAGUCGGGCAACUUGCGCGCCGCGCCCGCCGCCUUGCUCGCAACGUGGAUGCAUGCAUGCGCAGCCGACGGAGUCCGCCAAGGCAACGUUGAGGGUUGGAAACGGCCCCGACUUUACGACUCGGGUUCUUUUGGUAAUGACUCGACGGCCGGAAUUACUGACGCCUUUCGAUGCUCUUCGUAGAUGACGCCGCAGGGGAACAAGGUGGGGACGACGAUGACGAGGAUGAGGACGACGACGGUGACGAGGAUGACGAGCAGGGUGAAGGUGGAGGUCAGUCUAUCUCGCUGACAGUACGCACAGUCUAAAGAAACACUGCUGACCCGUGUGCACUUGCCGGCCCUGCAGAAGAUGACGACGACGAAGAACAAGAUGACGAUGAGGGGGAGGAGGUGAGUAUAUGCUCAUCACCAGCGGGAGGUCCACGCGCUUUCGAAAACCUUGACUAACUUUGGCUCUGUCGCGUACCGCCCCCAGGACAAUGACGAAGACGAGGGUGGAGAGGAUGAGCCGGCUCGGAAACGACAAAGGCGGGAACCGGAGGACGAGGAAGGGGAUGAUGACGACGACGAGGAGGACAGCGAUGAGAAGCGGCCCAACUUCCAAGGUCGGGCAUUCUCUCAUUCCGGCGCUUCUUAA